CCGACCUAUUCUUCUCAAACAAAACUCUCACACUAAACCAAGAAAACCACAUUUCUUUCCUUCUCUACAUUAACCAUCUCCUUCAUUACAUUUAAUCCCUUCUAUAUUUUUAUAAAAAAUGAAAAAACUCAAACUCAUGGAUCACUCAUCCUGCCGGAGGAGAUAUCAGGAUCCUCCGUCAAAGGCGACGGCGAAAACACUGAAUAAUAACAAUAAUAAUCCGAAGAAGAAAAGAGUCGUCAAAGAAGAUCUUGAUGAUGACAAGAUUGUUUCAAAGCAUCCAACUUAUCGAGGGGUGAGAAUGCGACAAUGGGGAAAAUGGGUCUCCGAGAUAAGAGAGCCAAAGAAAAAAUCAAGAAUCUGGCUCGGUACCUUCUCCACGGCGGAGAUGGCGGCACGUGCUCACGACGUAGCGGCUUUAGCCAUUAAAGGCGGCUCUGCUCACCUCAACUUCCCUGAGCUAGUGUACCAACUCCCUAGACCGGCUAGUGCUAACCCUAAAGACAUCCAAGCCGCAGCCGCCGCUGCGGCAGCUGCCGUCGCCGUUGACAUGGAAGUAGAGACGUCUACGUCCUCUCCUGUAAGCUCGGAACCAUCGUCUCCGGCUACGACCACACUAGCAGACGACGCGUUUUCUGACCUCCCCGAUCUCUUGCUCGACGUGAACCACAACAUUGACGGCUUUUGGGACUCGUUUCCUUACGAAGAGCCUUUCUUCUCGGGAACUUACUAGAAAACAAAGACACUGUAGUUGUGUACGUCUUGUUCUUUUGUCAUGUGAAAACUUUUUAACGUUAAAAAGUCACCGGUUGAUCCAAGUUGUAUAAUUAAUAACGGUCUAUGAUCGAUUUUUUUUUCUUUUUCUAGAACUUUUAAGCGGGGAAGUGUGUGACAUGUACUCACUCCGUUUUUAAAUGUAAGUAGUUUUAGCAAAAAAAAUU